AUGACUACGAUGACGGCCACACGAGCGAGAUUGCGCAGCUCAAGACAGUCUUCAACCGCUUCGGUUUCUCGAAAAGCACGGAAGUCCGCCUCGACGCCAAUAUGCCGCAGCACACCCUCAAUGCCGCUAUCAUGAACCACAUCGCUCAAAAUGACGGACCGAAUAAGCUCAUCAUCAUAUACUAUACCGGACAUGGUAUCCUGAGCGAGGACGACUAUCUGCAAUUCGCCGCGUAAGUCUUCAGCCCAGCUUUGAUAUAUUCUCCUGACCGUGGUGCAGAGAAGACGAUCUGAAUGGAAAGGCCACCGCAUACUGGUACAAGGCCGAGGUACCACUUCUCGACAGCGAAGUCAUGAGAGCUGACGUGCUUGCAAUUUUCGACUGUUGCUAUGCCAGUAACGUGAAGGGUUGCCAAGAUAGCCGCAGACUUUAUGAUCUACUUGCUGCGUGCCCUGAAGGUAAACCAGCAAAAGCUCCCGGUAAAGAUUCAUUCUCACAACGACUGAUCGAUACUUUGAACGAGAUGUUGGACGAAGAACCCGAUCAGCGUAUUUUGACGACUAGGAUCAUGGAUGAGAUGAAUAAAGAAUGCCGCUUCCCUGUGAAGCUGCACGACAGGCUUCACAAGGGCAAAAGCAACGGUCGUCACGUACAACUGGUGCGGAUCAAUGACGGAUCCAAGAAGAAGACCCAGAACGCGGCCAAGAAUUUCAAAGGAAAAGCACGUGAGGAAGCUCGAGUGACCUUGCGGUUCUCCUUGUACGCAGCAGACUUGUCGCAAGGACAGAUCGAAAAAUGGGCCGAGCAACUGGUACCUGCCAGUAAUAAUAGCAAGGCAAACAUCCCGCUGCGCCAAAUCGAGUGGGUGAGAAUGGAGAAGAGUCCAGGCGGUCGUUGGAGAGACGCUAUCGACACUGUCAUGAAGAAUCGUCCCGCUCAACGAUUCCGAGAUACCGUACAUACAGCGCUCGAGAAUACGGCCAUCCAGUCAUCUCGGCCGGAUACACGGAAACGAGCUCAACAGCAUCCGGCGUCUUCAGGAGCCAAGCGUCAAGCCCAAGGACUCCAUCUGACAUCUGUGAGUAGAUCCAGCCCAAGGUUUAUGACACCGGAAAGCAGCACCGCAGGCCCGUGAUCUUGCAUAUGAUGCUGCGAAUUCGAAUGUCCUGCUUUGAUGUCCUGAGAAGUGUCGAAGAUUAUGUCCGGGCAUUGCGAGCAGGGUUCCGGUCAGCGCCUUCCUUCUGUACUGUAAUUAUGUUCCGUUUUAUACCCAGAUAAUGUAUGUCGAUGUUCUCCAAGGAGGGCAACUCGAUGAAAAGGCUGAAAUCUU